AGAUUCAACAGAGAAAGUUUUACGGGAUUCAAAAACAUCUUUUUAAACCUGUUUUAAAGAAAAUUUAAGAGUAUUUUAAUCGUUAAACGUUGACCAAAGCAAAGCAUCACAUCACACGAUGGCAGGCAAUCCCGCGGAGGAAACAUUCGACCAGGCAGAGUACGACGACGAAGACCUGGGCGAAGUCCAGAUCGAAUCCACGGCCGGACGCAAGCGCCUGUUCAGCAAGGAGCUGCGCUGCAUGAUGUACGGCUUCGGGGACGACCAGAAUCCGUACACGGAGAGUGUGGACCUGCUGGAGGAUUUGGUGAUCGAGUUCAUCACCGAGAUGACCCACCGGGCGAUGGAGAUUGGGCGUACCGGGCGCGUCCAGGUCGAGGACAUCAUCUUUCUGGUGCGAAAGGACGCACGCAAGUACUCGCGCGUGAAGGACCUGCUGACGAUGAACGAGGAGCUGAAGCGGGCCCGGAAGGCGUUCGACGAGAUUAAGUACGUCGGGGCGGAGGCGAAGAUUAAGGAGAAGUAAGGGGGAUUAAUAUAGGGACUGGC